AUGAGUGAACCACGAGAGUACCUUUACAAGAUUCUGGUCGUUGGAGAUCUCGGCACUGGCAAGACCUCCAUCAUUCGACGUUAUGUGCACAAUAUAUUUUCGAGCAACUAUAAAUCCACAAUCGGAGUUGAUUUUGCACUCAAGGUCAUUCAAUGGUCACCCGAGAUCAUUGUAAGGUUGCAAUUGUGGGAUAUUGCUGGUCAAGAACGAUUUGGCAACAUGACGCGUGUUUAUUACAAGGCUGCUCUUGGUGCAUUUGUUGUAUGUGAUCUUACACGUCAAUCCACAUUUGAAGGUGUUACAAAAUGGAAGGAUGAUAUCGAUGCAAAAGUAUCAUUACCCGAAGCAUGGGGCGGUGGUCGAAUUCCUGUUGUCCUGUUAGCAAACAAGAGUGAUCUCGCCAAUGAUGGCCAUGGUCAACAUGUCAAUCCAGCAGAGAUGGAUGAGUUGUGUGAAAAGCAUGGUUUUAUUAAAUGGUUCGAGACAUCUGCUAAGGACAAUACCAACAUUGAUGAAGCUGCCAAGUUCCUGAUCAAGUCUAUCUUGGAUAUUGAAGAGCAACAUGGUUCGCCAGAUCUCGAGGAAGAUGAAAGGAUACAAUUGGAAGAAUCGAAUGCAAGCAAUAGUGGAGGAUGUUGUUGA